GUUUUUCUUUAACCGCCUGUUUUCAGGUACAGAUACUGCCGGAUGCUGGAGGAGGGCUCUUUCAGGGGCCGAACGGCUGACUUUGUCUUCAUGUUCCUGUUUGGUGGCCUCCUCAUGACCAUCUUCGGCAUGUUUGUGAGCCUCGUCUUCCUCGGCCAGGCCUUCACCAUCAUGCUCGUCUACAUCUGGAGCCGAAGGAACCCAAACGUUCGCAUGAACUUCUUCGGCCUCCUUAACUUCCAGGCUCCCUUCCUGCCCUGGGUGCUGAUGGGAUUCUCACUCCUGCUGGGAAACUCCAUCAUCGUCGACCUUUUAGGCAUCGCUGUCGGUCAUGUGUAUUACUUCCUGGAGGACGUGUUUCCCAACCAACCAGGAGGAGGACGGUGGCUCAAGACUCCAUCAAUCAUGUAAGUCUGUGUUUUUUUAGCCCA